UGGUAAGUCUUGCUUGUCGGUGGCGUUGAAGCUUUUUGGACAGAGAGAGUUGAUGACAGGGAGUUGACGACUGGUGGAGGGAGCGAGUGAACCGAAUCCCGGACGGACCGGAAAAUGAGCUGACCCGACUGUCUUCGUCUUCCCCACACCCCCCAACCCGAUAACCCUCCUCCGAUCGAUGAAAAUCGAUCGAGAAGAUGGCUUAUCGGAGGAGGCAGCAGCAGGAGCAGCAGCAGCAGCAGCAGCAAUCGGAGAAGCCGUUCGCCGAGUUUGAUUCCUACGCAGCUCCUGCCUCCUCCUCCUCCUCCUCCUCCUCAUCGUCGUCGUCUUCGCUGGCCGCCAAAGCCAUCAGAGCAUCCUCCGCCCACGCCCAAUCUUCCCUCUCCUCUGCUUAUUACACUUACCCUCCCCCUUCCUCCAAGGAUGAUGAUAUUGAUGAGGCUCCGCCGCCGCCUAUCGACCCCCCCGCCGCCGCCGCCGCCGCCGCCGCCAAAGCUCCCGAGGAGCCGAAACAGGGAUUCUGGGGAGCUCUUGCUAGGAAAGCCAAAUCCAUUCUCGACGAUCCUGCGGAUCCCCCUUCUUCCCCGCAUGGGCCAAUAGCGGACCAGCUCCCCACUCCAUCUCCUCCUCCGCCCAAGAGCCGGCCGAAACAAGAAAGCCCUCCUGCGUUCCAGAAAGGAAUCGGUGCCAUUGCUUCCUCUCUUAAUUAUAUUGGCAAUGCGAUGGAGGAAGGUAUUAAUAUCGUGGAAAAUCGUGCAGCCAACAUCAUUCAAGAAACACGCAAGCAUGUAAAGAAAAGACCUAGCAGAUUGGAGGAACAGAACAAGGGAUUGAACCAGCAUAAUCCAUUGCAACAACCCCAAACCCAAUCACAGAUGCAAUCAGAGCAGGAAAUUCAAUUGAAGGCUUCUCGCGACGUUGCAAUGGCCAUGGCUGCCAAGGCAAAGCUUCUUCUUCGGGAGCUGAAAACCGUCAAAGCAGAUUUCGCUUUUGCAAAGGAGCGAUGUGCUCAGCUAGAAGAAGAAAAUAAAAUGCUUCGGGAAACUCGUGGAAGAGGUGAAAGCCCAGAAGAUGAUGAUUUGGUGCGACUUCAACUUGAGACACUUUUGGCAGAGAAAGCUCGGCUGGCACAUGAGAACUCAGUAUAUGCGCGUGAGAAUCGUUUCUUGAGGGAAAUUGUAGAGUACCACCAGCUCACCAUGCAGGAUGUGAUAUACUUGGAUGAGAAUGCAGAAGAAGUCAAUGAAGUUUACCCUUUGAAAGUGCCUCUGGUCUCUAAUUUACCUGCCGGUGCUGCUUCUGUGCCUCUCAACUCACUGUCUUCGGCCUCUCCUAAGGGUGCUCAUAGCACGAACCAGGAAGGGACAUGGACUUCUCACCCCUCACUAUUACCAGAACCUGUGGAGCCUGUUGGACGGGCUGGUGAUGAAAGGUGGAAGUAGAUCACAAGACUACUUUUGAAAGAGCAAAUUGUAUGGAACGGUGGAUAAUUUUAACAAAGAUGUCAUGACUCUUCUCCUCUUAUCUUGUUGUGCUUCUUUGCCUUUGCUCUUAGACAAUCUACAGGGGCUGUAUGUUUACUGGCAGAUGAUUUUGUCUUGAAGGAAUAGAAUGUUUAGUUACUCUCAGAAGAACUGGAUUUUAUCUGAACAUCAUCAUGUGUUCAAUUA